AUGUUGGAAGGGGAGCCUGCUAAGGGCCUCCUCGCGCACACACCCCUCAUCCCAUCGUGGACCUCUAACCCGAUCCCCUACCUGUCGCUCUCCGCCGGCGGCCUGCUUGCCCUCGCCGACCUCAACACUGUCGCCCAGCGCACCGCCAUCACCGGCGGCUCGUCGUGGCUCGACGCCCUCGUCCUCGCCCCCGGCCUGCACUACCAGCAAGCUGCCGACGCUCUCGACUCACCCAGCAACAGCAGCAGCAGCAAGAGCCUCACCGCGGCGCUGGGCGUCGACAUUGCCGCCGUCGAGACGAGGCCCGACGGCACCGAGGUCCGUCGCUACGUGGUGCGCAACGCGGCCAUGGUGCACUACCUCCAGCGCCUGUGGGGGAGUGCUGCCGAUGCGGACGAGGACGAUGGCGGCGGCGUAGAGACGGUGACGAUCAACGUGGGCAUGGCGAGGAAGAAGAAUAGCGACGACGCGGAGCGGAUCCUGCGGCGCGGCAUGGCCAUGAUUCGCCAGCGGAGACUGCGAGCGACGAAGCAGGCGGCGCAGCAUCAUGCCCACGGCACGGACAUCUUCGAGCUCGACUGGCUCAGCCACGUCUUCUACAUCCUCAGCCCCGUCCUCACCGUCACCGCCGUGACCCUCAUGGUGCUGCUGAGCGACUACUGGGGGCUCGCCUUUAUCCUCGCGCUCAUGGUCUCGCGGCUCCUCAACAUCUUCACCAUCCGCAAGCGCAGCCGCCCCGCGCCCGCCCUCCCGUCCCCCGCGCAAAUCGCCGCCAGGAUGUUCGGCCCCGUCCCCGAGAGCAGGCCCACCGAGUACGUGAUUGCGCUGGGGAGCCGCCGGCGCGUGGUCCUGCGCGGGCUGGCCGACGACCUGCAGGCGCUGACGACGCGCGCCUGGCUGCGCGGCAAGACGCCCCUCGACGGGUACUGCGAGGCCGCGAGCAAGCUCGUCGUGUACAUGGUCGCCGCGCUGAGCGGCAACCUGACGCAGGCCGGCGCGCUCGUCCUCAUGACGCUGCUGCUGCUGAGCGCCGGCCUGCUGGGCCUGAGCAACGCGCACAUUCGCGGCCUGCAGAUGCACGGGCGCGUGGCGCGGCCGGAGCGCCAGCAGGCGCAAGUGGUGGACAAGGAGCGGGAUCUGGACUCGCUGGAUCUGGAGCAGGGCCAACGAGAUGGUAUUCCGGUGGAGGAUGUGCGACGGAGAUAG